GGGUUGCUGAAGGUUUCUGUUCCCUUUCUACAGCGUUUCGGUGUCCAUGCCGUCUCCGAGCUGUCAGCCGGCUGCUGGUCUCGUGUUUCUGUUUCCGCGCUUUCGUCUCGUUCAUUCAGGCCGGUGUAGCUUAUUUCUACUGAUAACUGGUGUAUGUUUUAUCAUUGCGUUAACACUCCAUAACUAGCCAGUCAUGAUACCUCGAAGUAAGGACUUACUCGUGCGGAUCUCUUUCUGCUGGAAGCCUUUGUUUUCGGGCAGAUAUCUGAUAGUAACAAACAUAAUCAGCAGUGGGGGCAUGCUGGCUCUGGGGGACUGUAUCCAGCAAGGCAGAGAGAAGCACCGCACGCCGGAGAAAAGCUGGGAAUGGCAGCGCACAGGGCGCAUGAGUGCAGUUGGAUGUUCCAUGGGGCCUUUCCUCCACUAUUGGUAUCAGUGGCUGGACAAGGCCUAUUCUGGAAGAGUUGUGAAGACUGUGGCCAAGAAAGUCUUGAUAGACCAGCUUGUUGCAUCACCAGUUCUUGGAGCGUGGUACUUCAUAGGCAUGGGCAUCAUGGAGGGCCGUGGUUGGUUCAGAGGCUGCAUCGAGUUUAAAGAGAAAUUCUGGGAAUUCUAUAAGGCGGACUGGUGUGUCUGGCCCACCGCACAGAUGAUUAACUUCUACUUCUUGCCAGCAAAGUUUCGGGUUUUGUACGUAAAUACGGUCACACUGGGCUGGGACACCUACCUCUCAUAUCUCAAGCACAGAGAAAAUCAGCAAGUGGACAUAUCAGGGCCAGAUGUACAGGAAUCAUCAGUGCCGCUUCCAGACGUGAAACCCCUGGAUGAUAAACUGUAAUGACACUGUUUUUAUCAGUAAUUUGAGGUUCUGGAACCUGGCACCAUUACAUGAAUAUGUUAAUUGUCAAAGAGUACCAAUUACAUAUAUCAGUGAUGGAAAAUGUCAUGAUUCAGUCAUUAAUUUUGUGACUGCUGAAGGAGUCCAGUGCCUAGUACUGAUCCACCUUACAUAGUCAUGUAAACUUUUCAUGAGAAGAAGAAAUAAGUGAAGGUGAACAGCAGUUCAGAUCAAGUCAGAACACUGUCCUUUCCAGUAAGUGACUGGGGAAUCUGACAGUAUUACAUCUGGUUUUGGCAGUUAUGACAAACUGAUUGAGUUACAGCAACUAGUAAUAUGUAACUAGUCAUAUGUGUCGAAAUGUUGACUUUGCAUACUGUACACUGUAUUUUAAUGGUCUUUUUAGAGGAUUUGAUGUCUAGUUGCCAAUAAGUAAAACCUACUUCGGACAAAUAAAGUGCAAUGAUUUUGGCUAAAUGCUGCAGAGUUUACCACAACUGUAGUGUGGUUUAAUUAACAAAGAAUAGGAUGGAUAAAGUAAAUGAAUCAUUAUACCCUGUGUUUAUUAUUGUAUAUUACUGAGGAGAGACGUGCAUCUCAUCCCAUGUCAAUGCCUCCUGUUUUCCAUUUGUUAUUGUAGAAAAAUGCUGUAAAACUAUCCUAUUACUUCAAAGAGAAGUUACUUAAGUACAGAUGUAAGCUGCUUAAUCAAGAUGAAGAAUGUGGCAUAUUUAAAGUACUGAAAGUACUGGAUUCAAUUAUGUCCAUCAUUUCCACAUGAAUAAAAUAUACUACAUCAACAGUUGUCAUUAAACUGAAAGACAAAGCUGGGUUGAUGUAAUACAUGUUAUUCAUGUGGAUGUCUAUGGGCAGCCUCCAAAUAAAUUAAAACUGGCUCUCACACCAACACUCAGACUAAAAUUCAGCUAUAACUCAACUUGGUUAUUUUCCUGAAGUUCUUAAGUAUUACCUUUUAAAUGUUCUCAGGAACACUAGUGCAUGUACAAUACAGUGCAAAAGUCAGAGACCCUUUCACUUUUUCUACACCCCCCAAAGUUCAGUCUUAGAUGUUGGUUGAAUUUUCUGCUUGUCAUGACCCAAAUAAUCUAAAGUACACAGUUAGAAUCAUCAGUCCAAAAAUAUUGCUUCACACCUCUAACACCUCUUUUAGUGUUCUGUUGUAAUUUCUCUAUUUUCUAGUGUAUCAGCUUCUACACAGCUCCACAUCCUUUCAGGCUCAUAGUGUAGAGUUGACCUCUCAGUGGAAAGAUGGAAAGAAACACCUAUGGAUGUUUUCAGAUCUGAAGCAGCUUGAUUUUCUCCUCUCUGUCAAAGCUUUACGUGCUGUUUAUCUGAUGGGGACAGUGUUGGUAGUCUGCCAGGUGUGCAGGUGGUUGCUAGGAAUUCAAUUUUCUCUAGCUUUUAAUCAUUUUUUGAAUACUACUUUCGGAAACUCCUGUUUUUUCCAUAUUUUCCUUUCACUUUCUCCUUUCUUAUGUAAGUGUGUCAUAUCGCAUAAUCGGAAAUAUCUCCUGAAAAAAAUGAAUAACCUGUGCUUAAUGGCUGUUUUCAAAUUAAAGAGAUGGAGGGUGGUCUCUAACUUUUGUAGAGUACUGUAGAACAUGUAACUUUCUACCACUGCCAUUUUCAGUGCUUUAUUCAGAGCUUGUCCUUUUUACCCAAUAUUUGUGAUUGGGAUAGAUGUAUUUAUAUAAAAAAUCCAAAGAUAAGACCGUAGAUUAAAGAUUAUAGAUUAUUGUAGAUUAUUAUAAAUAAUAUUAAAGAAAGUGUAAUGUCCUUUUUGCCUUGCUGUUUUUGAUUUCUUUCACUCAUCUGCCUUAGUUUGUUCAUUCCCAAAAGCUGCCUUUGUGACUGUUAUUUUCCCCUAAAAAAAUGUUUUAUUAGUGUAUCUUUCUAGUCACUGUAAAAGUCAUUCCUUUUGGUGUGUACAGUGACUGUUCCUGCUCUCUAGUAGACCAUGCUAUGCAUGUACAAUAUUUGAACCUCCUGAUGUCUGGUUUUAUGCUGCCUGUAAAACUGAAAUGUAUUUAAAGAGGUUAGUUUUCGAUGCACCACUCCAAUAAUGUGGGUAACUUUGUAUUAGUUGUACUCUUCUAUAUCUCUGUAGGUCUUAAGCAGUUUUAGGAAAUUGCUUAUGUAUGUAUGUAUGUGUAUUUGUAGUUUUAGAGAGUUUAAUUAUUAAGCUCAAAGCAGUCAUGGAAGUGUUAGCUGACUAUAAAUGGAAUUCCAAUAAAAAUAAACCUUUUGAUUCUAAUCUUA